AUGGAACUGGCGAAAAUUUUUGCGGGCAUUUGCAAAUCAAAGUGGGAGAGGAGCGGCGGUCAACCGUCGGGGAGUUAUGAGUACAUAGACGUGAACGCAGGCGGCGGCCGCUACAUAGUUGAAGUUUCCUUGGCCGGAAAGUUCACAAUCGCGCGUCCGACCGCUGCCUACGCAUCGUUGCUAAAUGAAUUUCCGGCGAUCUUCGUGGGCAGACCAGAGGAGAUGAAGGAAGUGGUGAAGCAAAUGUCUAAGGCGAUUAGAAAGUCGAUGAAGAGCGUCGGCCUAAACGUGCCGCCGUGGCGGCGCGUGAGGUACAUGCAGGCCAAGUGGUUUAGCUCUUAUAAACGAACCACUAAUGAAAUUCCGAGAGCGGAGGCGUUCAACGGUUUGGGAGGGAAUAAAUCAGUUGGUUUUGCGGCGACGGAGCCGGUUUUAUUUGUCUGCAGAGAGGAUUUUGCGGCCAACCACGGCGUUAGAGUUGGUAAUUUGGCUGCGGCUUUCAAAUGCUGAUCUAGUUAGAUUGAAUCAAGAACAGUUAAGCCUCCCGAUUUUUGGUUCUUGCAUUAUGGAAAAUAUCAGAUUGUAUUUUUUUUAUUCUUAAAAAAAGAUUAAUAAUGAUUCCUCA